AUGUCGGGCCAGUACAACGGGCUGCAGGCUCGCAUCAAAGUGGUUAAUGAAAAAGCGGAAUAUGUGCCGUGUGGUGGACAUUCUCUCAAUUUGAUUGCUUCUCCGCAUCGAUGGAAUAUUUUGUUUAAAGCCCUUGGAGGUAAAGUGGUUCUUAAGAGACUAAUUGAUGUACGAUGGUCAGCUCAUGCUGAUGCAGUAAGAGCUCUUGAUAGUGGCUAUAAUGACAUCCAAUCUGCUUUAAACCUAAUAGCAAAUGACAAAGAAGAGGAUCCAAAAACGAUCAAUGAAGCCAAGUCACUUUCUUCUAAAAUGGAUAAACUCGAAUAUGUUAUUUUGACUUCAAUUUGGAACCGCAUUCUCUCAAGAUUCAACAUGGUAAGCAAGACUUUACAAUCCGAGGACGUAAAUUUAUCCGAUAUAGUGUCGCUUAUGAAUUCCUGGAAAACUUUUAUUCAAUCGGUGAGAGACGACUUCGAUGAUUGUAUUGAGAAGGCUAAAGAAAAAAGGCCCCUGGCUGAAUACAGUUUUACCACUAAACGAGCGAAGUAG